AUGGCUUCAGACGACGACUCACAAGCUCUAGACACCCAUCAUGACGACAAGGACUGGGAGGAGCAGAAGGAGAACUUCCGGAUAUGUUACAUCGACCGCAACAUGACUCGCAAAGAAGCAGCCGAGUACAUGAAACAGCACCACGACUUCAACGCCACGCCUCGUCAAUGGGAGCGCAAGAUCAAGCAGUGGGGUUUUUCGAAGUACACGGGCCGAGAUGAGAGACUGGCCCAAAUUGCGCAAUCUGGCAAGACCGUACUCGACGUCAGUCGUCCUGGUCGGCGGCCGCGCUCUCUCGUGGACGAACGAGGGAAUCUCCAGCCGCACGAGGAUCGCAACCUUCGCCGCUUCGCUCGACGAGAGGUCAGUCGCUCCAGAUCAAGGUCCAGAUCGGCCUCCUUCGCCGACCGACCACGCCCACAGUUCAAGCAAGAGUUCUCGGAUCCCUCGGCAGCAUCCUCCUUGGAUCCGGCCUUCAGCUUCAACGACCUGAGCUCAGAGAUGCGAAGGACACCCAGCAGAGAAGGGCUUAUCACGAGCAGAAUGCAAGGUUCACGGGAGAUGUCAGAACCACUGCAGCCCAACUUUCUUCAAAAUCAGCAAGCAGUUGCAUACGAGGCCCCCGACGACCGAAGUAUUGCUGUUGGUAUGCCCAGCCAGUACCAACAAGGUCACCCCCAUAGCUCACCGCCAUUCAACACCGUACCAGCACAGACUCAAUUUAGUACUUUCGUGCACGGGCCGAUCCCGUUGCAUGCAUCGCACGGCAUGGGCCUUGCAAACUCGAAUCAGACAUUCUCGGGGAAUUCCACCGAUUCAUCCUUCGGAUAUCCCAUGCAGGAACCGAUCAUGCAGCCCAUACCAACAGGCUUCAAUCAAUAUGGGAUGCACCCGAGCAUGCUACCAGAGGGUAUUAUGACUGAGCAAGCGAUUUUUGACAGUGGAUUGACGUUGCAGCAAGGGCCUGAUGCGCUGGAUCAAGCAGGUUUCGAAAAUCAUCCUAUGAUCACAUUUGACAUAGUGGACACGGACACUCCGGCGAUGAUGCCUGUUUCUGAACCUGCCCCUGUGCAAAGCCAGCCCCCAAUGUCGGCCUCGUUUCCAGAGACACCUCUUAGCGACAGUGGUUCACUCGGUAGAGACGUCUUGCCGCUGGUGGAGCAGUACAUACGGGCUGUUCAAAACGUCGCUCUCAAUGCUCUGCCUCGAUCAACACAUGCCGAAGAAUUUUCGGAAAGACUAGCCGCAGAUCUUGUACAACCAAGCAGCGCCUUCAUGGCCAGCAUGGCGAUCUUCCUUGACAAUUUUGACAAGACGAAGCAAAGGUCUCUUCAGAGUAUGAAGGACACCUGCAGCAAGCUCCGACAGAAGAAUGCGAUGUUGGAGCAGGUUCUGAACGGCCGUAAGUUCUCCAUUGUUCCGCCUUGA